UUUACUCCGUCCCACAACGUUCCCCCCUGUCUCUCUCCACCACCGCCCUCCGCCGCCGGCGUCAAAAUGGACGCCGCCUUCCACUUUCCCAUCUACCUAACCAACGGCGUGUUCUUCUCUCUCUUCUUCUCUGUCGCCUACUUCCUCCUCCACCGCUGGCGCGAGAAGAUUCGCAACUCCACGCCCCUCCACGUGGUCACCCACUCCGAGCUCUUCGCCGUCGUUUCGCUCAUCGCUUCGGCCGUUUACUUGGUCGGAUUCUUCGGCCUCGACUUCGUCCAGUCGGUGUUCACCGGGAAAAACUCCGACGUCGGUAAUUGGGACUCCGCCGACGAGGAGAUUGUAAAGGCGGUGGCUCCUAGGCCUUACGAGGCGGUGGUUGCGGUGGAGAAGUCGGAAACGAAGUCGGAGGAGGAGGAUGAGGAGAUUGUGAAGGCGGUGGUGGAAGGGAGAACGGCGUCGUACUCGCUUGAGUCGAAGAUUGGGGAUUGUAAGAGAGCGGCAGGGAUACGGCGGGAAGCGCUGCAGAGGAUUACAGGAAAAUCUCUUGCCGGUCUACCAUUGGAUGGAUUUGACUAUGAAUCAAUACUUGGUCAAUGCUGCGAGAUGCCGGUGGGUUAUAUUCAGAUUCCGCUGGGGAUCGCCGGACCUCUGUUACUCGACGGAAAGGAGUACUCUGUUCCAAUGGCAACAACGGAGGGGUGUCUGGUGGCCAGCACAAACAGGGGUUGCAAGGCCAUCUACUUGUGUGGCGGUGCCGCCAGCGUUGUGUUGAGGGACGGCAUGACUAGAGCCCCGGUCGUCCGGUUUGCCACCGCCAAGAGGGCGGCAGAGCUGAAGUUCUUCUUGGAGGACCCCAUGAACUUCGACAUUAUUUCCGUUGUUUUCGACAAAUCUAGCAGAUUUGCAAGGCUACAAGGAAUUAAAUGCGCAGUAGCUGGGAAGAAUCUGUACAUGAGGUUUACCUGCAGCACCGGGGAUGCAAUGGGGAUGAACAUGGUCUCCAAAGGCGUCCAAAAUGUUCUCGAUUUCCUUCAUAUGGAUUUUCCUGACAUGGAUGUCAUUGGCAUCUCAGGAAACUUUUGCUCGGACAAGAAGCCGGCUGCCGUGAAUUGGAUAGAUGGGCGAGGGAAAUCCGUUGUAUGUGAGGCAAUCAUAAAACAAGAGGUGGUGAGGAAGGUGUUGAAGACCGAGGUGGCGGCGCUGGUGGAGCUCAACAUGCUUAAGAACCUCACCGGCUCUGCUGUGGCCGGUGCCCUUGGUGGGUUUAAUGCCCAUGCGAGCAAUAUUGUAUCAGCUGUAUUUAUAGCAACUGGGCAGGACCCAGCUCAGAAUGUGGAGAGCUCUCAGUGUAUCACCAUGAUGGAAGCUGUUAAUGAUGGCGAGGACCUUCACGUCUCUGUCACCAUGCCUUCCAUUGAGGUUGGGACGGUUGGAGGUGGGACGCAACUAGCAUCUCAAUCAGCAUGUCUGAACCUACUUGGAGUGAAGGGUUCAAACAGAGAGUCACCUGGUUCCAACUCAAGGUUAUUGGCAACCAUUGUGGCUGGUGCUGUUUUAGCUGGGGAACUAUCCCUGAUGUCAGCCCUAGCAGCAGGUCAGCUUGUUAAGAGCCACAUGAAGUACAACAGAUCUAGCAAAGACCUCACCAAAGUACUCCUAAUGGCUGGAAAGUAAAAAAAUUUGGAGGAAAUGUAUUUUCACACGCCUUUUUUUGUUUUUAUCAUUUAUUAUCUUGUAUUUGUCAUUAUUAAUGUGAAUUUAACAGCUUGUCCUUUUAUCUGUGAGAAAAUGAACUCGUGACAGAAUAACAUUGUAAAUCCACACGAAUGAAAUGAAAAAUAUAGAGUGCAGGUAUAAAA